AUGUGGGCGGCCAAACUGAUUGUGGUCACACUGAUGCUACUGCAUCUGGCAACCCUGGCGCUCAGCUGUUCUUGCGGCAAAGAGGCGAAUUUGGAGUGCGGAUGCACAAAACAUCACUAA